UAAAUAAGUUUUUACGUUUGAUAUUUUGGUUGGAAUAAUUCAUAAUCAUCUUGGAAGAUCAAAGGCAAGUUAUUAUCAGCAAAUCAGGCCGUCGUUAUUUUCUGGUUUUCUAGCGUAAGAAAAUUGUACAAAGAAUGAAAUGAAUUUACUUCUCGUUCGCAUCAAAGGGAGAUUCCCAAGGGGUGAUUGCCGCAAACUUUUGCGUCCAACCGACGAAAAACGUAGAGAAUCACGAUCGGAAAGGCAGACUCCAGAUCGCUAUAAGCGAACGAGAUAUAGUUUUUUUUUUUUAGCAAGGAGAAGAGAAAGAUCCACAUAACAAGAGGGAAAUUAAGGAGAGAAAAUAAAAGAUAUACACAACCGUUGACAAUACUAUGCUUGAAAAUCGUAUUGACACAUAUGUAAUGUACCUAACAAAUAUAUAAAACAAGACGGGAUGUUUGUGUUUCGUAAGUAAAAGCGUAUUAAGAGUAAACUCGUAAUAGGCGCGAGGAGGCACGAUGAACUCGCGCGAAACGCGGAGCGCGUAACUUUCUGCGCGUAUCAUCUGCGUGAUUUAUUAGGUAAUUACGACUAAUGAGAGCGAUGAGAGGAAGCAGGCUUCGUCGUCUCACGGAAAGCGCCGUUAUUGUCCGGGAAAGAUUUCGAUUUUUCAAGCGAGAAGGCGAACGAAGCGGAAGAAAGAAUUAUAAAGACGGUAGGGGAGAGAUUUCGAUGACACGUCGCCGCUAUGCAGGCCGCGAGCGUGCAAGGUGACCCAAAAAAGUCAUUGUAUCCGAGUAUAAAAAACACGCACAUUCAACACAAAGAAUACCUGCGUAGAAUAUCCCGAGUACCGAAUCUUCAUCGAUAAAUCGUUUUCGUUCGUUCAUACUCACACCGACCGCGUUGUUCUCCAGCGAACUGGAUGCACAUAUAUGUAUAUAACACCACAUACACGAUACACAAAAUGUAUACGCACGUGUACACAUCGACACACACACACACACACACACACACAUACACAAACAUACGUGGGAUAACGCUUGUGUGACUCCAUAUUCACACGAUCGAAUUAAGCUCCGAACGCACGCGCCGUCGUUACGCUUCUCAUCUCCGAAAACGGAUCAUCAUUGUCAUUAUUAACAUCCUCAUCGUAGCGAACGACGAUCGCCCGAUGAAUACCAGUAUUGUCCUCACGAUCGAUUCGAUAUUCCGCCGUAUCGGACGGCGAUUGUGCGGUUCGAGCAAGCGCGAGUUGCCUCUGAAAAUCCUGACAAUCCUGGUGACAUCAAUGCAUAGUGAGAUGCGAUUCACGGAGGACGUCGGCUCGCAUCGAUCGCACCGUUCAACUAGAUAUAUAGAGAUCCAUAUAUGCAGUAUGACUUGCCUCGUUUUAAGGAUAUAUCGUGCAUCAUUCAUUGAUAUCGUGCCGCACGUAGUUAGCGAAUAAAAAUUAAAGACGUAACGUCUCUCUUCCUUGGGUUGUAAAACAUUCUAUUUCUUACACGUCGAAGAAUCAUCGAUUCUAACGGUGAUUCGUUAAUCGUUUCGCGUUAAUACUAAAGAUCUAACUGUCGCGAUGGCCAAUACCGAGUCCGCGUACCGACGGCGUAUUUAGCCGUGAAUACACGACCGCCUGAAUCUCGCGUCACGUUGACGUUAAAAAAGGCGACCUGUAAUUAAAUGAAAUGAAAUUAAAACUCGGACGAUCGUGUUUUCAAGCGCUAACUGCGCCGUGAGAAUACGGUUCCGCGUUUAUUAUUUAUUAUACAUUUACGUAUUCAAUGAGUUCUUGCAUAUACUUAGAGAAUAAUCGAAUGUAUACAGACGGGAUUUCGAAGUGCGGUAUAAAAGCGAGGGAGACAGGGGAUUUUUAAUCCGAUUAGUUAGAUAAUUACGGGGGAAACAUUAUAGUUAAAUGAUGAGAGAGAGAGAGAGAGAGAGAAAGAGAGAGAAAAGAGAGAUGAUCGAGAGAGGGACCUAUUAGAGUUAUAUCAUCGUUAAAUCAUUGCACAUGCAUACAGAUACACACACCACGUGCCAUAUCAUCGCAUUAUAUAUCAGAAGGGGAGGAAGAGAGGGAGAAAGAGAGAGAGAGAGAGAGACAGAAAGAGAGAGAGAAGGCGCGUUGUCGUCGUGCGCUGCUUCACGGCGUUGCCCGAGUAGCCAGACGAGCCGAGGACGUCAGCUGUGUGGUGCGCCGAAGGGGACGGCGAGUCGUGCGCGCGGGACGAAAGAAGACGGUGCGGCGCGAGCGAGCGAGCGAGCGAGCGAGACGGUGAGAAGCCGCACACGGCGAAAUGGGAGACGAAGAAAUGGCGCUGGUGCCAGAUGUCCAGUAUGGUUUGUCGUCGCACGGCAAUUUCGAUGAGCGCAAAUCCCUGGUAUUUGUCAAGCUCACCGACUCGUCGCAACGUGCCAUCAGGGAGUACCUCAAGAUUAAGCAUAAGAUUGGCGAAAAACCUAAUAUACAGUUCCUAGGAAAUGAUGGGCGUCUCAGCAUUCCAUCCAUCAACGGAGUGGCCAGAUUCACCUUCAGCAUCUCCAGCAGCCAGGACAUGGAGGGUUCCCAGGGUGGUUUCGAGCUCGCUCAACAGACCGGCCCUAAAAGCCUCGAGAGCCUCGGCGCUAUACCGUACAAGAUGCGGAUACAAGCAAACGAUGACGUUUACGAGACCACCAGGCACAGAAUGGCGGUCGUCGAGGAGAAUAACAAGAACAAAUGCACGAGGGUGAUAAAGGCGAACGGUCCAGAUAUCGGACGCAAGGUGAAAGUGAAAGGAACCGGAAGAACAAUACCUCCUCCGUCAUCGUAUGCAAGGCAUCGGGAAUCUACGAUGAGCAUUCCAACUUCCGGCAAUAGUCAGCCCAAAGCCUCAAUCAACAAGCCGAUCGCUAAUAGUAGUAGUAAUAGUAAUAGUAGUAACCAUCUAUCGGCGGCUCACAAUCAGGAGAAAAAACCAGUUUCUGACAUUAUGCGCAGGCCACUUAAGGAAAGACUUAUCCAUCUUCUUGCUUUGAGACCCUACAAAAAGCCCGAGCUUUACGAACGCAUCAAAAAAGAGGGUUUGAGAGAACGAGAGCGACCCAUCAUGCAGACGCUUCUAAAGCAAGUAGCUUACAUGCGUGACAACACGUAUCACCUGUACAGGCACAUCUGGAAUGAUGUGCUGGAGGAUUGGCCUUUCUACACCGAGCAAGAAAGGACAAUGUUGAGGAGGCGGAAACCUCAAAACCUUACUCCACCCGGCUCGAGCGACGGCGGUUCCAGCGGCAGUGGUCAGUCGCCCAAUUCCAUUCAUGCGGGUUCACCGCCGGCGAUCACGGCACCUCCGCCCAAUUUGGUUAGCAACAAGAGACCAGGAUACUAUCAGGGUAACGACGGACUACCAACGAAGAAGCCGCGGAUAUCGCAUUAUAAGAAACCCGAACCUAUCUCCUUCAUCCCUGCUGGCGAAAGGCUAUCAGGCAGCAGCAGUUAUAAUAAUAAUAACAGUGGUGUUAGUGCAACCGCUGGUGGCGACCGUAUCGUCGAUCGUACCACUAGCGUUAAUAGUGGUUGUGGUAACAGCAAUAGUGGUGAUGGUAGUAAUAGUAACAACGGCGGUAGCGGUUUCGACGGUUGGGAAACGAGGCGGCAAUUGCAGAGUGAACGCAGCAGCAGCAACCGCGUCGAUUACCGGGCCGAAAGGACAGCAAACAGCAGUUUGUACUACGGGGUACUGGAAAGGACAGCAAACAGCAGUGAUGUACUACGGGGUACUGGAAACGUCUAUAGUGAAGUCUCCGCUAUCACCGCAGUUCCAAACGACUCCAAUCGAUCAUCGUGCUUGACACCGUUGUCGCCUGAUGAUAGUGAAAGGGGCAACCAUCAUCCGAAUGGAGAUAGACACGACGGCGGUGUCAUUAUAGCCAAUGAAAUUGCGAGCAACGUGAUUGAACACACCGACAGGAGAGACAGGAGCGAUAGGAGUCGAGGCGCGAGAGAAGAGAGAAACAGAGAGAGGGAAUUCAGGAAUAGGAGUAGUACCACCAGUUAUGCAGGUAUCUACGGUGAAACCUCUAGCGCUCCUACUUAUGCCGAUAAUGCCAUUGGCACCACUGCGAUCUCGCUGCCGACUGAUGGAUUCGAAAGGUUGGGAAGUACCGGGCAAUAUGUCGACUAUCGCACGGAAUAUACAACAAUAAGCAACCCGGAGCAGAAAAGGCGUUACAAAGAAGAGUUCAACGCGAACUAUGAUGAAUAUCGUAGGUUGCACUCUCAAGUACUCGUAACCGCAAAUCGCUUCACGCAUUUGUAUACACUAUUGCAAGAUCAAAAGAAAUCGGGCAACAUGAUCGAGAGUGAGGAAACUAAAGAACAGAUAUAUCGCGAGUACAAAGAGACGAAACAGAAUCCAGUAUACCAGCAGAUGAAGGAACGGUUUGACUAUCUGCACAAUAAGCUGAGCCAUAUAAAACGACUGAUCUUAGAAUAUGACAGUGAGAACGCCGCCGGCAGAAUGCCGAUUCCGAAUACCACUGAUAACGGUAUAAUUAGUAACUCCAUGAACAUCGGCAGCAACAACAUCGGGGGUAUUGAUCAUCGGCAUUACUGACAUAAACUGAAAAGACCGCCUCUUAUUCCUCCCCUCUUCCUCGAUACUGUCAACGUUGCCGUAGAAUCUGCAUUUUCUCGGCAUGUUCUAAGGCUGAUCUUUCACGGUCCAUAUGAUUCCUGUGUUCUAUCACCGGAAAAUCAAGUGACUCGAAAUGGCUCGAUGCAAGAUUUCGUGUACAAUAUUUGUCAUAAAGCAUCUUGCAAUGAUAAAUAUACAUCGUACGCGAAAUACUCUUCCUGCAAAUCUUCCCCACGUCUCCGUUGCAAGAGUCGUCGAUUGCGACAAUUUCCACGACGGCGACGAUCUCGGCGACUCUCGUCAUCACGGUAAGGUUCGCGCGCAUCAACUUCGAUCAAUACUAAAUACUUGCAUGAAGGCUGUUGACAAUCGAGUACAUUCAAGAGAUAGAUAUCUAUUCGGAAUAGAAAAAUGGAAAUAAGGGCAUUCUGAUGAUCAGCGAACAUAAAAUUGUGCGGGAACGUACGGAGAUUUAAAGCUGGUCCUGUAACGACUGAGGAAGACAUUGUAGAAAAUCGAAGAGAGAAGAGGCGCAACGGAAAAGAAGUAGUUAAACUCUGUAAUAAGUUACUUACCGUGCGCACGUCCAAGUGUGUCGUCCACUUUAAGAGUACGUAAAUAAAAAAAAGAAAAAAAAAUGAUAUGAUUGUGAGAAGAGGGUCCAAGAG